GUUCGUUUCCAUAAAAAGUUUUGCCCGAAUUUCGUGCCGUACCUUGAAAUUUGCAGCAGAGAAUUAAAAUGUCCAAGGCAAUUAAGUACUAUUAUGAUUUCUUGUCGCAGCCAUCCCGUGCGCUAUGGAUUGGAAUGAAAUUGGGCAAGACCCCAUUUGAUGACUGCCCCGUGGCACUUCGAAAACGUGAGCAAUUGACGGACGAGUACAAGAAGAUCAAUCGCUUUCAGAAGGUUCCAGCUAUAGUGGAUGGCAACUUUCAGUUGUCCGAAAGUGUGGCUAUUGUGCGUUAUCUUUCAGACAAAGGUCAGUUCAGCGAGAAGCUCUAUCCCAAGUCAUUGGAGGCACGUGCCCGCGUGGACGAGUUUCUGGAGUGGCAGCAUUUGGGCAUUCGAGUGCCAUGCGGACUCUUCUUUCGGAGUGUCUGGUUGUAUCCCGUCAACGGCAUUGCCCCAAUGCCAAAGACCGACCAGAUUCAAAAGUUGGUUAAGGAUGUGGAGACCAACUUGGGACUCGUGGAGCGCCUCUGGCUGGAAAAGGACUUUCUAAUUGGGGACCAGCUGACUGUGGCCGAUAUUUUUGGUGCUUCCGAAAUAAAUCAAAUGAAGCUCUGUCAGUACAAUGUGAGCGAGAAGCAGUUUCCCAAGGUAGCCAAGUGGCUGGCACGAGUGCGCGAAUCUUCCAAUCCCUACUUUGACGAGGCCCACAAUUUUGUGUACGAGAAGAGCAAGCAGGCAGUCAGUGCCAAGGUUUAAAAUUCUGGGAAUCGUACCAGUCGCAUUUGCAUUUGUUAAUAUUUUCCGAUAUCUGUAUCUGUAUAUUGUUCAGUCACUGCCACGUGCCUUUUUAGAGUGUUUUUUUUUUGUUUUGUAUUCAUUAGAACUCAUUAUUAAAUAACUAUUUACUAA